CGCAAACGCUAAACCAUGCCAACAACUUGAACCAAACAACCAAACAUCUCAAAGUACCCGAGUCAUUGACUUAAAAUAAAUCUAGAAUCACUGUUCGUCGUAUACUUAUACUCACAGCUGUGUAUGACCGUCACACGAGCGAGCCUCAUCUCUUGAAUCUUGUCCACCAUGUUUGAUCAGCUCACCGUCUGGUCUGAAGUUGCAGCCUUCACCGUCGUCUUGGCACUCUUGAGCGCACUUUUCCUGCGCAAUCCAGGUUUGCCACUUCCUCCUGGACCUCCACCGAAACUACUGUCCGGAAAUAUCCACCAAAUGCCGAGGACUGCCCCUUGGGCAACGUUCGCUGAAUGGUCCAGACGAUAUGGGAGCGCAAUAAUUCAUUACAGAUUCUUCCGUCGACAUUUCAUCGUAUUGAACACUGUCGAGGCUGUCUUAGCGCUUCUCGAACAUCGUUCCAAUAUCUACUCGGAUCGGCCCACGGUGUGGAUGCUCAAUGAGCUAGCAGGGCGUGGAAUGGCCGUCUUCACUAUUUCUUCACAACAUCCCAAUCACAAGAACUAUCGACGGCUACUUCAAUCUGGCCUCAACGCGAGAGCCGUCCAAGUCUAUACAGGCAUUUUGGAGAGGGAACUACGAAUACUGCUAGACGGGCUUGUGAGUACACCCAAUAACUUCUCGAAGCACUUUCGACGGAACUCUGGGGCUAUAGUAUUAGACAUCGCAUAUGGAUGGCCCGUUACCAGUGAGGAUGACUACUUUGUAUCACUGAUGGAGGAGGCGUUUGUUCUUCAUAGACAGUUGGUUCAACCUGGUCGGUGGCUAGUCGAAGUAUUCCCCUUCCUGCGAUUCGUUCCUCCUUGGAUGCCAGGUGCGCAUUUCAAGAGGUUCGCAUUCUCACUUCGGGAUCGUAUGAAGGAAAUUGAUCAAGAGCCACAUAAAUGGGCAAAAGAGCAUAUGGCUACUGGAACUGCCAAGGAAUCGUUCACGUCCCAACUCCUUCAGCCGCAAGAUGGGCACCAUGUCGACGGGGAAGAGGAACGAAUGAUCAGCUGGUGCUCGUCUGCUUUAUACGCUGGAGGAGCGGAUACUACAGUUUCGAUCAUGCUUUCUUUCGUCGCUCUAAUGAUGCAAUAUCCUGACGUACAGAAGGCCGCUCAAAAUGAAAUCGACACUGUGCUGGGUAACCAGCGUCUUCCUAAUCUCGGUGACCAGUCCUCCCUCCCUUAUGUCUCAGCCCUCUUCAAGGAGGUAUUACGAUAUUCACCUGCGGCCCGACUUGGUCUUCCUCAUCGUGUCAUUGAAGAAGACACCUAUGACGGGUAUAGGAUUCCCAAAGAUAGUACAGUGAUAGCUAAUAUCUGGGCAAUAUGCCGCGACCCUUCGGUGUAUCAUGACCCAGAUACCUUCAACCCGGAUCGUUUCCUCUCUAGGCAUGAGAUGGAUCCUCGUAAGCUUGCAUUCGGGUUUGGCAGACGUGUAUGUCCUGGUGCUGUGCUUGCCGAAGCAUCAUUGUUCCUCAACAUGGCCAACAUUCUUGCUUGCUUCGAUAUUCUCAAACCUCUGGAUACUAAAACAGGCAAAGAAUAUGUCCCAGAAAUUACUUACACCGUUGGCGUAACAAGUCAUCCUUCCCCCUUCAAAUGCCAGAUUGUUCCGCGACCCAAGGCCAGCGUUCAUCUAUACGAUGUUUGAUAUAUCAGAGCACUUCACGAAAUUUUCUAUCUGUGUUUAGGAUCCAAUCAGUUCAGUAGUGGAGAUAACAGAGAUUGAUUCGCCAAUAGGAAAAUGAAUUCAGGAACUUGGAUGUAGCAGCCAUAGAACGCGCCGGGUUACAAAUACACAAAGAUAAAGUCCUUGAUCUACCGAUGCGUGACUCUAACAGGAUUGUGCCACUUCGUUGACCUGUUGGAACUCCGGC